AUGAAACUCCAUAGCCUCCUCUUGCCCAUCGCCAGCCUGAUCACAAGCAUCUCCUGCCUGCAACCGCUUGAUCAAUGGGGCCACGAAAGAAUCCAACUGCAAGACGUUUCAAUCCACUUCCGCUACUCGCAAGGCGGCAAGCCUCCCUUACUUCUAAUCCACGGCUCGCCACAGCACUCACGAACAUGGACUCACAUGGGCCCAAUCCUCGCCGAGCACUUCUCAGUCAUCGCACCAGACAAUCGCGGCCAGGGAGACUCAGCCCUCAGCCUCAGCGACAACUACACCGCCUUAGCAGCCGGAGCCGAUCAUCUCGCUAUGCUCAACUUCCUCAACAUUAGCAAGACAUACGUCUUCUCGCACGACAAAGGCGCUGGUCUGGCAGCGUCCCUUGCUCUCGAACAUCCCGAAAGAGUCGAGAAGAUCAUAUUCUCCGAAUAUGCGCUUCCAGGGAUGACAGGCUACAGCACAGAAGUCACCUCUCCAGAUCCCUAUCAGAACUGGCAGCUUGCAUUCUUCGCCGUGCCAGACGUGGCUCAGUUCUUCAUUCAGGGCAAAGAGAGACAGAUGCUGGAAUGGUACUUCUGGCACUCUUCCUACAGCGGCACCGAUGUCAUUUCCAACGAACUUCUUGAUGUAUACGCGAGGGCCAUCUCGAAGCCGGGGUUCUUGAGGGCUAUGUUUCAAUACUUUGCCGCUGCUUUCGAGGACGAGAAAUACUUCAAAGCCGUUCUCGCAAGCAAGGGGAAGUUGCAGAUGCCAGCUCUAGCGAUGGGAGGAGAGGCUUUGUUCUCGCCACCAGAGAUCCUGAGACAGGCUUGGGGAGGUGUUGCUGAGAAUCUUGAAACGGCCGUCGUGCCGAAGGCUGGACAUUGGAUCGCCGAUGAGAAUCCUACCUGGGUGGCAAACCGAGCAAUCCAAUUCUUCGGCAACAGUACCCUUCCUGGAUUGGAUCUAUCUAGCCUUGAACGCCUGACCACGAUGUUCGGCAUUCUUGGUAACACCAUGUUGACGCCAGGCAUCAACGGCACAGCGUAA